AUGAUCAAGGCGAAACCUUUCAGCAAGACGAAGAGAGACCUAGACUGGCGGCAGCCAUCAGUUUCAAUGCAAUGCAGCACUGUAUUGCACAAGAAUCCAACACGCAAUGCUACCACCCUCCUCCGUCCAGUUUCCUUCGAGAACUUGGGCUCGUUGCUCCCUUUUACUCUUCACUUGGACAACACGUUUCGGCAUAUAGUCAAGCAGAUUGAGGAGCAAGGCAAGCCCAACACAACAUACAUCGACAUUUCUCACCUGCUUCCUCCUGACAUCACGAUCUCUACGGCGUUAUUCAUGUAUGAUGGCAAGAGCUCUUCCGUCUAUCAUCCAGUCUACCUAUGUCUCGUUGAUGCGAGAUGGAUCGAGUCCCAGGUUUGGUUCACAGCGCCAUAUGCAACAAUAAUGCGCUCAGGCAUUUCCUUGGAUUCUAUAUCAGCUGGUAUCGGAAAGAAUACUUCUGCACAGGCCAACUCAAUAAUAGCGAUCACUACUCAAUAUGCCAACUCGCUUAAUUCCGACCUCACUGUCGACUCGAAGUACCAACAAGGGCCGGGCAAGACAGCCCAAGUGCAACCCUUUGAACUCAUACACCGUUAUUGUAACCAAAGCGUUCCUUAUUCCCUAGGGCCAAAAUGCGGAAUGCUUGCUCAUGCACUAUACUUGACGGACUCACUGAGGAGAGCACAAUCCUAUUUCAGAUAUUAUGCCGCAUCGGACGUUACAAAAUCUGAUCCAAAUACAGUAGGCUCGCCAUCAUCCAAAGCAGACCACAUGACUCGACUUGAUUACCAGCUUUACCACCAGCUGCACGCCUACAAGUUUGAAGGAUUGAUUGUGAAGCUGUCGAUGAGUGUCCUCUUACUGCACGUCAUGCUGGUCUAUGCUCAUUUACUACUACUCGUCCUAGGCGACGGCUGGUACAGCAGGGCAUGGUCGGAGCUAGGGGAGUUGAUAGCGUUGGCGAUGGUCUCUCAACCGAGCUCGCUGCUCCAUAAUGCAGGAGGCGGAAUCAGGAACUGGAAAACAUGGAAAUCACGAACCUUCAUAAGGGAGGUCACUCCUGAAGGCAGGCUGGAGCUCGUCCUGAAGGAAACGAUCGACUCGCCGAUGAUUUUGGCGGACGAGGAAGGACAAAAGAGGGUUCACGUUGAACCUGAAGUCAAUAGGAGGUAUGGUUGA